AUGAGAGAUGCUCUAAGGGAGCAUUUUUACUACCUUAUAAAAUCUUCCGCUAUCCCCAUUCUACUUGAUUUGUCAACAAAGUUCGAAACCUUUAACGACGAAGGUGAUCAAAAUUUAGCUACGGCUGAAAUACGUGUGAUCUUUUCACAAUAUAAACUAAACCAGCCGGAUACAGUACCUCAAAUUGAAGAUCCUCUAAAAUUUUUCCAUCAAAUAUUGUCUGGCAAAAAAGAUAAAAAUGAGCCA